AUGAGGCCUUUGACUGAAGAAGAGACUCGGGUAAUGUUUGAGGAGACUGUGAAAUACAUCAGGGGGAAUCUGCAGCUCCUGAUGGACAGGCCCAAAGGUACCUACUGCUUCCAUUUGCCUAACGACCAAGUGUACUGUGUAAGUGGAAUGACCCUGAAGCUGGCUACCAACAUCUCCUCCAUGGAUAAGCCAGUGCCACUGGGGACUUGUUUCAGAAAGUUUACCAAGACCUACAAGUUCCGGUUGCACAUUACAGUUUUCAAUUACCUUGUAUCCUAUGCCAUGUAUAAAGUGUGGAUAAAGCCGGAAGCAGAGUAUGUGUUGAAAUCUGGUCUGGGUCGAAUCACUGAAAAUACUUCUCAGUACCACGGAGCAGUGGUUUAUUCCAUGACAGAAGUAAGUUCCUCUUGGUUUGGAGUGACAGCAAAGUUUACCCAAGACUGCAGAUAA